AUGGCCAACAUCCACGUCUCCACGCACCCGUGUGCAAAGGCCAAACUCAGCCAACUGCGAUCCGCCUCGACGAACGCAAAAGAGACCAAAAACCUCAUCCACGAAAUCGCAACCAUCGUAGCCUGUGAAGCCCUCGCGCAAGGCUUAACCGUCGAGCAGACGGGAACCGUAAGUCCUCACUCCAUCCACCACUCCCAUCAUCAUCAUCAUCAUCAUCAUCAUCAUCAUCACCAUCAUCAGCAGCAGCCAGCAUUGGCUGACAAUCACACAGACCGUCAACAACAGCUAACCACCUCCCCUAAACCGAACAGGAAGACCACUCCCCCCUCGGCUACACCUAUGCCACCGAAACGCUGCACCCCUCCAACAUAACCCUCAUCCCCAUCCUCCGCUCCGGCCUCAGCAUGCUCGAACCCCUCCAAUCCCUCCUCCCCUCCACCCCUUCCCCCUCAGUCCACCACCUGGGAAUGUACCGCGAGAAAUCCACCCUCCAGCCCGUCGAGUACUACAACAACCUCCCCUACCACAGCAAAUCCGGCGCCUCCCCCACCGCCGCUGCCGCCGACCUCGCCAUCGUCUGCGACCCCAUCAUCGCCACGGGCUCCACCCUCUGCGCCGCCAUCGAGACCCUGCGCGACUGGGGCGUCAAGCGGAUUAUUUCCAUUUCCAUUCUCGCUUCCCGCACCGGCUUGGAGAGGGCCGCGGACGCGUGGCCCGAGGGCGUGGAACUCUGGGUUGCGGGCGUGGAUGCGGAAACGGAUGAGCAGGGCAUGAUCAAGCCUGGGUUGGGCGAUAUUGGGGAUCGCUUGUUUCUCACGGUGGGGAAGUAG